UUUUCCUAUUACACCGACCCCGGGUGCGCAAAGGGUGAGAGCCUCGGGUGGUGUGUAGUCUGGCGGUGGGGAUGGCGGCUUAGCCUUGAGACCGGGCCUAUUCUCGUCUAUCCCGAAUCCGCAGAAAAAGAACGGCAGCGGUUGGCCUGUUUGGUCUGUGGUCGACAGGGAGAGCGCGCGAGAGGGGAAGGGAGAGCGAGAGAGAGAGAAAGAGAGAGAGACCGACAGAGAGAGAGAGAGAGGCGCUUAGCUCGGCGAAACCAGGAUGACCGAAACCAUGUGGGAAUGGGAUGGGCCGGAGUCGGAGCGACUCAGACCAAGGGCGAGAAAUAACAGCGACGAGGACGAUGAUGGCGAAAGAGGCAUGCCGCUUCCGCUGAUGUCACCGCUGUGGAGAGAGCACGGUAAAGGCCAAGGCGGGGGAGGGAUUCACAUCGUGGUCUGCUGCUGUAACGAAACGCAGGAGGAGCUGAAGGUUAUGCUCUCCACGUUUCGAAUUGACGCUACAGCCUCGUGCCUGGUACGAAUCAGCUUCGUACUGGACCCUAGGGGCCCUGCCCAAGCAUCUAGUGAGACCGACAAGGUGCUAAAGCGGCUUCUACGAGUGACUGAUGAGAGCGCGACCGAGGUUUUCGGGUGCAUCCACCACUCCGGCACGCUGGACAAGACUCUCAUCCCCUUUGACCUCUAUGUCAAGGGCCCCUCGCUUCCAGUCGGAAAGCGAAACAGUCUGGUCACAUUCUUCAACGACAUUCUUCCUGUCAAGAUGUCGAGGGGCGAGGCUGUGGAGCCCGAUGCAGUGUAUCUUCUAGACGCCGACAGUGGCCAUCCGGUCAACGGUCUCCAGGACUUGGAAUCAAUGUGGCGGUUGCUGAUGGCGGAGGAGGAGGUGGCGUGUGUCACGUGCCCGGUCAGACCAGUCCACCCCAUGGGGUCCUUCCUCGCCGCUUCUCAGUCCCUAGAAUUUGCCUUGUGGGACAACGUGGGAGAGUCGCACUUUGGCGUCCAGACAACGUGCCGGGGCGCGCAGUGCAUGUUCAAGUACCGCUGCUUGGUGGAAGACGGGCGGUUGGCCGAGCCUCCCAUAGGGGAGGGGGCGAUGCCUCCUCUCCUCAACCCUUUUUCCAAGACAGCGGCUGGGCUACCUGCACUCAUCCUGCUGGAUUCCAGCCCAAGCGAGGGCUUGCUGGUGCUGUUGCGUCAGCGCGGCUUCGACGUGCGGUCGUGUGGCACGGCUGAUGGAGUGACGUGCGUGCCGUGCUCUUGGAUAGAGUUCUACGCUCAGAGGAGACGGUGGUAUGCAGGUUCACUUGUGGCGGUUUCAUCCCACUUGACGGGAAAGGAAAGCUACUUCCAGGCAGAAUGGCAUCGAUGGAUCAUCUCCUCGUAUGCCUUCGUGGCCAACCUGUUUCUCCACAGCGGCCUGGCUUUGAUGCCCGUGUUACUCGCAAAGGGCCUGCAUCAACUCGUGUUAUACGACGAAAGUCGAGGCGAGUCUGAUGAUGAUUGGAAUGACGAGUGGAGUGAGUGGCAGGAGGAAUCAGCCGACGACGGCAUCGAUCAACACACAAACCUGGACUGGAUCGUUUUCGCGCUGGUUUGGGGCUUCUUUCUGUUGAACGUCGGCUUCUACCUCACCCGGUCACAGGAUCAACUGUGGAUGUGGAUCAACGUCACAUCAGUGCUGUGGAUGCUGCUCUGCGGCGGGACUCUGGUUGGCUCGGGUUUUGCGGUCUCGCCGUUAAUUCCCGUCAUGUUAGUGAUAAUCCCACCGGUGCUGGCGGGGUUAAACACUGCGAGGGGCACGAUAGCGACGUGGCGCUACCUCUGCGUCGCAGCCGUGCCUUUCGUUUUGCUUACCACCGUUAACUCCGUGUUGGUUUUUCUCUACGCCUUGGCCACCCUCGAUAGCACGGAAUGGGGCACUCGUGAUGUGGGGUCGUUCGACAGUGGUGUGAGCAAGCCACGCGCAGCAUCUAUGCGCCGGAGGAAGCUGUGCAUCCUUUUCACCACCAUGGCCACCUCCUGCGCAUUGGGAGUUGUGAUGAUGAUUUCCUCUUCGCUCAUCUUCUUACCGAUCGUGAUCGGAAUUCCGUCGGCUGCUUACCUGCUCAAGCUACUGCUCGUUGUUGUCCCCGCAAAGCUGGAGAGGUCGAGGCAGACUUACCUCCUUGGGGAUGUGGGUUCCAGGCCUCUCAGUCUCCGGGGAAGCGUUGCAGAAUUGGCCCCGAUCAACGGCUGCCCUCCAGAGUUCAGCACUGACCGCCACAGCGGGGGCGAUCGAAACGGCGGAGGCAUCGGCCAAAAGGGCCUGGGUCCCAAGAGUCCGGCCAAAACCGGCAGCCAUGUCACUGCCGAAGACGGCACCCCCUCUCCGGGUGGCAUGGACGUCUCCACAUCGGGAUCCUUUUUCGGUGCGGGGAUGUCUGUCGUGGGAGAUUCCAGCGCAAGCGGACCCGCGGCCGACGGACUUGGGCACCGCCGCCAUGGGUCGAAGUCUGCGUCGAUAUCUAGCGGGUUUGCGGGCGUCGCGGGCGUCGGCGGCGGCGGCAUCGGGGGCGGUGACAUCUGCUGGUCUAACUCUGCGCACGCUACUGGGUCCAGGCAGAGCAGCGCAGCUGGCAUGGCUGGCAGCGGAGCGGGCGGGAAUACCAGUGGCAAGGACGGGAGUGCGGCCGGCAGACCCAGGGCUCGAAGCAGGAGCCCUUCGGAUUCCGGUUCGGGUUCUCGACAGGACGUUUCCGAGACGGCAGCAAUGGCCACACAAGGAAGAAACAGGAAGACCUCGAGCGCGCUUGGUUCUGGGUUGAGAGCGAGCUUGAAAAGAAUGAACAGCCGAGGGAGAAGCUCAAGCACGGGGCCGUCGAGCGCCGUUGGCGAUGAUGCGCAUGGCGUGGCCAUCAAGGGCGCUCGCCGUACAGGCUUUGCGCGGUUUCUGUCCGCCAAGGACAGCGUGGAAGGAAUAACUUUGGACGGAGCCAAGCCCACAACCAGCAAGAAAGCGGAGAUUCGAAAGGCUUGGGGGCUCAGAAAAGCGACGUCUGAAAGCGAUGAUAGCACGGAAAUGUUCGUCAUGGAGUCUUUGAACCGCAAGCUCAACCCUCAUGGCAUCCGCGGCAAUUCCUCCAGCUGUCCUCCGGACUCGAGCUUCGCGGAGUCGCCUCCUCCAGCAUUUAGAGCGAGGAACACAGCUCUUGCUGCUGCUCCUGCCGCUGCAGCUGCUCGUGCUGCUACCGCUGCUCCUGCUUUUACCACUGCUGCUCCUGCUGCGACCGGUGCUUCUCCUGCUGCGACUGCUGCUGCUCCUGCCGCUGCUCCUGCUGCGACCGCUGCCGCUUCGGCUACGACCGCUACUGCUUCUUCCGCGACCGCUGCUACUCCUGCUGCGACCGCUGCUACUCCUGCUGCGACCGCUGCUACUCCUGCUGCGACCGCUGCUGCUCCUACGGCGACCGCUGCUACUCCUGCUGCGACCGCUGCUGCUCCUACUGCGACCGCUGCUAUGGGUGCGCCCGCGGACGGUGAGGUAAGGCGGUACAGCUGGGCGUGUCCGCAACCGUCCACGAGCGAGUUUGAUGCACCAGUGUCAAAACCCGACGCCGCGGCCCGUGCAGCUGAGCAAAACCGACGCCUCUCAUGGGGCAACAGUUCCAUGGACAGCGAGGAGUUUGAUUCGCAGGCAGCGAUCAACACAAAGUUGAACGCGAGGGUAGGAGCCACCAGUAUCAGAAGUCAACGCGACGCAAUCGGAUCGGGGUUUGCAGAUGUAGGAAACCGCCGGCGGCCUCCGUCGACAGGCACGCUAGCCGGGAUCCGUGCUGCCUGGGGCACGUCAAUUGGGGGGAGCCAGGACGAUAUCGCCUGUCGCCUACCGGAAACCAAAACCUCAACGCGAAACUCGAGGUUGGGCGCUGUCUAUGCCACGGGCAUCAUCGAGGAAGACGAGGAAAACGAGAGCGAGAUGGAAGAGGUUGACCCGCGUUUGUUCGCACCCGGGGUUCAAGGCAACCGCCGGCGAUCACUGUCCGCGGGCACGCUUGCAGGGAUCCGCGCCGCGUGGGGCUCAUCGCUGGACGGCAGCCAGGAGGACAUCCCGUAUACCUCAACCGACAAGAUGAACGUAAUCCAUAACCCCAGGGUGGGUGUCAACGGCGUCCGGGCCCACAUUCUGGAUGAUGAGAGCGAGAGCGAGAACGAAUUCGUCGACUCACGUUCGCUCAUGCCCGGCAUUGCAGCCGGCCGGCGACGACCAUUGGGAGGAGGCACGCUCGCGGGUAUCCGUGCCGCCUGGGGGAACUCUAUGGGCGAGAGCCAGGACGACAUCGCGUGCCCAUCCCCCGCGACGUCAAACACGCGCUUGAAUUCCAGAGCUGGUGUGGUCUAUUCAAGAGGCGGCGACCGUUAUGCCAGCGGCCACGUCGUCCGUGGGCAGCCGAUGCCCGCAGGCAUGCGCAACGGAAGGGGCCAACCCGGCUUGGGAAUCGACGAAGACGAUGUUAUCGGCUACCACGUUGCCUCCGGCGGUGGCCAGUCGAUUCCCGCAGGCAUGCGCAGCGCAAGGGGCCAACCCGGCUUGGGAAUCGACCAAGACGAUGUUUUCGGCUACCACUUUGCCUCCGGCGGUGGGCGGUCGACUCCCGCAGGCAUGCGCAGCGCAAGGGGCCAACCCGGCUUGGGAAUCGACCAAGACGAUGUUUUCGGCUACCACUUUGCCUCCGGCGGUGGGCGGUCGACUCCCGCAGGCAUGCGCAGCGCAAGGGGCCAACCCGGCUUGGGAAUCGACCAAGACGAUGUUUUCGGCUACCACUUUGCCUCCGGCGGUGGGCGGUCGACUCCCGCAGGCAUGCGCAGCGCAAGGGGCCAACCCGGUAUGGGAAUCGAUCACGAUGAUUUUAUGGACUACCACUUAGCCUCCGGCGGUGGGCAGUCGAUUCCCGCAGGCAUGCGCAGCGCAAGGGGCCAGCCGGUCGUGGGAAUGAAUCACGAUGAUAUUAUGGGCUACCACUUUGCCUCCGGCGGUGGGCAAUCGAUUCCCGCAGGCAUGCGCAGCGCAGGCGGCCAGCCGGUCGCGGGAAUUAAUCACGAUGAUAUGAUGGGCUACCACUUUGCCUCUGGUCGUGGGCAAUCGACGCCAACAGGCAUGCGAGGAAGGGGCCAGCCCAGCGUGGGAAUGAACUACGAUGAUAUUAUGGGUUACCACAGUGCCUCUGGUCGUGGGCAAUCGACCCCCGCAGGUGUUCGCAACACAAGGGGCCGGCCAGGCGUGGUAAUGGAUCACGAUGAUGUUGUCGGCUACCACCGUGCCUCCGGCCGUGGGCAAUCGACGCCCACAGGCAUGCGCAACGCAAGGGGGCAGCCCGGCGUGGUAGUGGAUCACGAUGAUGUCGGCUACUACGGUUCGAACAAAGCCGUUUCUGCGACACGAAGGCGCUCGCGGAGCGAACCCCGCGCGGUCAAAGGCAGCAGCAGCAUGGGGCGGGUGAAGGCCCCGGGCAACGGGGCUGUCGUCGGCAGGGUCCGCGACCAUGCGAAUGCUGCAGCUGGCCACGAACGGAGCAGUGGUGGCGGUGGACGGGGCACUGCAGGCAGUGACACCCGUGGUCAACGGAGCAAGGCAGCUGGCGGCGCUGGCGGUCAGCGGGACAGUUCUGGCCGACACACUAGUAAGGGUGCAAGCAACGGUAAGCGUCGUCAAACCUCAGCCAGCUAG